CAUAUAUGAGAUAGGUAUUGUUGAACUAUUCCUCCCGAUGACAGACCAUGUGAAGCGGUGAAAGCUGAUGUUUUAGGUGUGACCGGCGCGCGCUGUUGAGAAAGAACAUUGCAGAGAUUUACACAGAACCGCAGGACCGAGCGCAGCUUUCCCGUAGGGCAGGCUUGAGUGGUUUCAAACAAGAAACUGCGCUACACUUUAUACAUUGACAGCAAGAACCAUUGUAGAUUAGAGUUUACAAAAAAUCUAGCACAAGCAUAGACACCAUUUUAAACAUAAUCGAGGGGAUCAUACGCGCGCAAAAUGCUAUAUGAUUUCAAAUCCAUUUACUCAGCCUGUGUUAUAAUCCGUGUAAUUUUGAUGCCGUUAUCUUUUGGUGAGAUGUAUACGUCAUUAUUGAACGUAAAACAAGCCAUCAAUGUUGAAAGACAACUUAUUGAUCAUUUAGAAACUUACAUCGAACACGAAUCGGAGAGACUUGAAGACAUAAAAAGACUCUUUCUGCAGGUUUUAUGCAAAGGUGUCAGACUUGCACAGUGAGGUGUACAGUGGACCAUCAGCUGCUAUGGCAAACCCCUUGGUGGCGUUCACUCUUAUCAAGCGCUUGCAGUCUGAGUGGCUGAAUCUGAUCUACAGUGAUGAAGCACAAGAGAACACCCAAGACUUCAGGUCUGGUUACGAGGAGGUGGAGAAGGAGGGCAGCUUGCCCAAACUGGAGGACCUUCAGGGGGCUGCCAAGGGGCUGAUGAGGCUGCAGGAUGUGUAUGCCCUUCAAGUGGGGGGACUUGUGAGAGGUCACUUCCAGAGGAUCACUGACGGCAACCCAAUUGACAUCUACAGUCCCACAGUAUCUGUCCCUCUUUCUGGGGAUGAUUGCUUCCUGGUUGGGAAGGUUGCCUAUGAGCUGGAGGACUACUACCACUCAGUGCAGUGGCUGGAGGAGUCAGUGCGUCUGUUCCGAGGGGCAGGGAGGGAAUGGAGUCCAGAGAAUGAGGGAACUCUGGAAGAUGCUCUGGAUCACCUGGCCUUCUCGCACUUCAAGACAGGAAACAUUUCCUAUGCACUGAGUCUCUCUCAGGAGUUGUUGAACCAUGAUCCCAUGAACGGGAGAGUUUUAAAGAAUGUACAGAAGUAUGAGCGACUGCUAGUUGACAGUCCACCCUUACUGAGCACUGACACUGGGUUGAAGAGGCCCAACACCACCUAUCUACGGACAAGGAACACCUAUGAGAGACUAUGUCGGACACAGGGCACCCAGCCAACGCAUUAUGAAAACCCCCGGCUCUUCUGUGACUAUUUCAACAAUGACAGUCCUGGGUUGCUACUGCAGCCAAUCAGACGUGAGGUGCUGAGCCUGCAGCCUUACGUGGUCCUCUACCACAGCUUCAUCACUGACUCAGAGGCAGAGAGCAUCAGGGAACUCGCCCAGACAGGGUUAAGGAGAUCUGUGGUGGCAUCUGGAGAGGAACAGGCUACUGCAGAGUAUCGCAUCAGCAAGAGUGCAUGGUUAAAGGAGACAGCCCACCCUAUCAUUGGGAGGCUGGACCAGAGAAUCACCUUGCUCACAAGUCUCAAUGUGCAGCCUCCGUAUGCAGAGUACCUCCAAGUGGUAAACUAUGGGAUUGGAGGACACUAUGAACCCCAUUUUGACCAUGCAACGUCAGCAUCAAGCCCCCUUUUUAGGCUCAACACUGGGAAUCGAGUGGCAACGUUCAUGAUAUACCUCAGCUCGGUGGACGCAGGUGGGUCCACAGCCUUCAUCCAUGCUAACUUCAGCGUUCCUGUUCUGGAGAAUGCUGCCCUUUUCUGGUGGAACCUCCAUCGGAACGGUCAAGGAGAUGGGGACACUCUGCAUGCUGGCUGCCCUGUCCUUGUUGGGGACAAAUGGGUGGCUAACAAAUGGAUCCAUGAGUAUGGCCAGGAGUUCCAGAGACGCUGUAGCCCCAAUCCUGAGGAGUGAGAAGAGAGAAAGCAGCUGCUGGGACCGCUUGGAGUACAAGAGCCAGUCUCCACAAUGGAGCCGCGCGCACCACGCAGGCAGAGCGAGAGAGGGAGGGAAUGAGAGAGGGCAUGAGAGAGUGCUAGCGGCUGGGGGAGGGGAAGGCAACCAAGGAGCAGCCUGCAUCUGUGAUUGGAGCUUCAGGCCCAAGGGAAUAAGGAGCACAGAUACUGCUGGAGGGGGCUGGAAUGGCAGGGGGGCUGAGUUGGUUUUGGGAAGGGGGUGGUGGGUGUGGAGGGGGCAUUUGGCAAUCAGCCCCAAAGGCAGAGCGGCCUCUUGCUCCAACUCCCCAGUCAGUCCCUGCUGGAGCAGAGAGAGAGAGAGGCCUCUACCCUCACACACUGGGCUGGUUUCAGUUAACUCUGCUAGGCUGUUUGCCUCCGGUGUCAGUUUGUUUGGGGGGAAAAACCGUAUAAUGCAUCCUUUUGAAAAGUGAUGCACUGAAUCUGUCAGGAUACUCUUCACACGGACUGAUCUCAUUAGCACAGCACUGAUCUUUAUCAGAAUAUUUAGUUUUAGAAUAAUAUUUCUGGAACCAUCUCACACCUUAAGAAUGUAUUUAAGAGCAGUGCUGUUAUUCAGAGGAAAAGGGUUAUUGUAACUGUUUCCCAUUCAUGCUCAGUCAGUUCAGGAAAUCAAAGGAGAUGAGGUCGUCGUCUCUCCCACUGAGGGGCUUGAUGACAUUUGGUGUGUUCUCUAUUGCUCAUCUCCUUGUAGCUAAUGGAAUGGAUAUGAGUCAAACCUGUUUAGUCUUCUAACUCCCAUUCAGUGGCAUCAUGCAUUAGUCAUGGUCUGUAAACCAGAUGAUUGGAAAGUGGGAAUGCAUCUGCUUUAGUACCGAGUCUCUGACCUCAAAUCCUGGGUGUCUAGCUGCCUACCAACCAGACAAAAGAUUUGUCUGUAUGUAGGUCAGAGAGUGCAUGCUAGCUUUCACACCUAGUCUAUGAGGGUGAGGAGUGAAAUGUACUUACUAUAGGAGCUGUAGGCUCCAAGGGGCUUUUCUGUCAGUGCUGCCGCCUUUUGAGUGACAGGGAGUGUUGAGGAAGGGAGAAGGGUUCAACAGGGACCAUAUCUCUGCCUGCUGAGAUGUAAGGAAGUAUUCCCCUCCAGUGCUCAACCCCCUACCACUCCUCCCCUUUAGACACACACACACCGAUACAAACACAGGGGCCAUAUACUACAGGAAUGCUACAUGCUCCCAACUGCAUUCCUUAACAGUAGACCUUGAUUGUUCCCCCUGGAGUGGAUUGAGGAGGCCCAUACUUGAUAAAAUGCAUGGAGGAUGGAGGUUGUGCCUUUGGAGUUUCUCCAACCAAGAGUAUUCUCUGGAAUUCUCAAUCUUUAUAUGGUUUUAAAAUAAAUACAUAUUUUUGUUAAA